GGAAGCAAAUUAAGAAGAUGAGUAGGGAGAUGAAAUUUGAGGUGGAAAACAGAACAUGCAUAAAGCCCUCCACAGCCACAGCCACAGAACUGAAAACAUUGAAACUCUCUUUACUAGACCAGCUUUCCCCUAACAUCCAUGGCAACAUGACCCUCUUCUACCCUCACACCAACACUACUACUCUACCUGACUUCUCCACCAAAUCCCAACUCCUUCAAACCUCCCUCUCCCAAACCUUGUCCCGCUUCUACCCCAUCGCCGGACGCCUCCAUGACGCCGCCACCGUCCACUGCAACGACCACGGCGCCCUCUUCAUCGAAUCCCUUACCAACGCCUCUCUCUCCGACAUCCUCACACCCCCAAACUUCGACACCCUCCAAUGUCUCCUCCCCUCCGCCGAUACCUCCAUGCUCCUCCUCGUCCGCUUCACCUCCUUCCGUUGCGGCGCCACCGCCCUCACCAUCUCGCUCUCCCACAAGAUCGCCGACAUAGCUACCGUCAUUGCACUCCUCAAAACCUGGACCGCCGCAUGCGCCGGAGCCACCCCGCCGGAGCUCCCCGAACUCGCCCUCGGCGCCGCUCUCUUUCCUCCUAGAGAGAUUAAUCCCGGCAUGUCCGCUUCCGUGAACACCGUGUCGUCGGAGAAGUUCACGUCGAGAAGGUUCGUUUUCGACGCGUCCAAGGUUAGAGAGCUUAAGGAAAAAGUAAAGGGCGCACUCGGAGAAGGAGAAGGUUCGGUGGUGUUUGAACCUUCGAGGGUGGAGGUGGUGCUGGCGCUCAUAUGGAAAUGCGCAUUGUCGGCUUCUCGCUCGAAAACGGCGGAGUUUAAGCGUUCUGUUUUGUUCCAAGCCGUGAACCUCCGUCCACGGAUGGAGCCGGCGGUGCCGGACGUGGCUAUGGGGAACUUUGUGUGGGCGUUGGCAGUGACGGCGGAGGAAGAGAGUGACGUGGAGUUGCACGUGCUGGUGAGGAGGAUGAGGGAGGGAAUGAGGGAGUUUGUGGAGACAAAGGCGGAGAGGUUCAAAGAGGAUGGUGCGUUUGGAGUGGUGAUGGAAAGUCUGAAGGAGAGGGGUGAAGUAAUUAGCAAUAGUGUUGUCGUUUAUAAGUGCUCGAGUUGGUGUAAGUUUCCACUGCUUAAGGUUGACUUUGGUUGGGGGGAGGCUGUGUGGCUGUGCAGUGUGAAUAAGAUGGUGAGUAAUACCAUUGCCUUGAUGGAUACUAGGGAUGGUCAUGGGGUUGAAGCUUUUGUCACUCUUGAUCAUCAAGACAUGACUUUUUUUGAACAACAUCAGGAGCUCCUACACUAUGCUUUGCUUAAUCCUACUGUUAUAUAGUUGGGGGAGAUCAUUAUAAAAUCCAUAAAUAAACUCACAUUUGCUUAUGUUCCUACCUACGUAGUAUCAUCAUGGAUUUCACUUUAUUCUUGUAUCAAUUAUUGGUUUGUCAGUGUUAUAUGUUCCUCUUAAGACAA